GUUGCCAAAUUUUGAAAUCUAAAUUUCUUCAGAAAAGUUUGUUAAUCGGAGAACCAAGAGGCGAAAUUGGGAGUACUCUCCGUCGUAAAUCACCGGAAAAAAUGGUGUUUCUCUCACGAAAAAAGCCGCCACCGCCACCGCCUCCGUCAUCAUCCUCAGCCGCUCCGUCGAUUAAAAUCCCCCAGCCGCAAAAUGAAUCCGACGCGGUGGAUAAGAUGACUGCGAUUCUCGCGGAAGUCGGAUGCACACUGAUGAACCCGUACGGUCCGCCGUGUCUUCCUUCCGAUCUACACGCUUUCCGCCGCAAUCUCACUAUUCGCUUUUCGUCUUGCUCCGCUAAUUCCGGCGAGAGAGAUAGCGUCGCUUCCCUUCGCUCCGUUUUCAUAGCUGGGUUCUCAUCGUACAUUCAAUCUCCGAGUAAUCUUCGUAGAGUGCUUUCGUCCUCUUCAUCAACCAAGAGAGACGAGAGUUUAGUUCGGAAUCUCCUUCUUGUACCUCCUAUUCAACUUGAUAUUCAGGAAAUGCUACUCGAGAAGCUUCCGGAGUACUUUGAUGUUGUUACAGGAUGUACGUUGGAGGAAGAUGUUGCUCGUCUUAUCAUCAACCAUUUUCGUUGGCUCGACUUCAUUGUUAAUCCCGAUGUGUUCACCGAUAAGCUGAUGCAAGUUCUAUCGAUUUGUCCUUUGCAUUUAAAGAAGGAAAUCAUUGGAUCGUUGCCUGAGAUUAUUGGGGAUCAUAACUGUCAAGCUGUGGUUGAUUCUUUAGAAAAAAUGCUUCAGGAGGAUUCUGAUGUUGUUGUUCCAGUGCUUGAUUCUUUCUCCAACCUUAAUUUAGAUGAUCAAUUGCAAGAACAGGCGAUUACAGUAGCAAUAUCAUGUAUUAGAACAGUCGACGCAGAGCACAUGCCAUAUCUACUUAGGUUUUUGCUUCUUGCUGCUACUCCAGAAAAUGUUAGAAGAAUAAUCUCCCAGAUACGAGAACAGUUGAAAUUCACCGGAAUGUCACAACCUUGUCCUUCUCAGAAUAAACUUAAAGGAAAAAUACCUGCAUAUAACGCAGAAGGUUCUAUUCUCCAUGCUUUAAGAUCAAGCCUUCGGUUUAAGAAUAUACUCUGUCAAGAAAUCAUAAAGGAGCUGAAUAGUCUGGAGAAACCUCGGGAUUUUAAGGUAAUUGAUGUAUGGCUGCUUAUUCUCAUGUACAUGAACGGGGACCCCAUCCGGAAGAGUAUCGAGAAAAUAUUUAAGAAGAAAGUGGUCGAUGGAUGCAUACAAGAAACCCUGCUUGAUCAAUGUAUAUGUGGUAAUAAAGAGUUUGUGCAGGAUAAUUUUGCAUCAUUUGUUUCUUUGGCUGAACACCUCUUGUCAUGCAAAGAAGAAAAGGCAAGGGAAAUGGGCUCGCAUAUCUAUACUCGUCUUUUUGAAGGGUUUGCUGACAAUUAUUCAAGACAAGAGAUUCUAGGUGCUCUAGUGACACAUGUGGGAUCUGAUAACAAAUUUGAGGUCAGUUCGGUCUUGGAGAUGAUGACGGCUCUGGUGAAAAAAUAUGCGCAGCAACUCCUUCCCUUUUCUUCCCACAUAAAUGGUAUUUUGGACUACUUAGAGGGUUUUAGUAUUGAAAAUUUGCAUAAGGUCUAUGAGAUUUUCAGUCUCCUUGCACUAUCAGCUCGUGCAAGUGCUGAUUCUUUUCGAUCUUCAAUUUCAAAUGAACUUAUGAUGAUAGUAAGGAAGCAGGUUAGUCAUCCAGACCUCAAGUACAAAAAGAUGGGCUUAGUUGGAACUCUUAGGAUUGUGUCGUCACUUGGGGAUGCAAAGAGUGUUCCUGACCUUCCAUCAUCACAGGUUUCAGAUUGUGGGGAGAUUUUGGAGCUCUUGAAGACAUCUGUUGACUCUUGCAAACAGUCUAACUUAGCCCUAAUUAUGUUCUAUGAUGAAUUUGCUACAAUUCUUAGCCAUAAGUUACUUCAACCAGAAAUUAUGGAGUGGAUUGGGAAGCAUCUGGGAAAAUUAGAGUCGCUGUUUCUAGCCGAUCUUNCUUUACAGUCUGCUUGGUAUGAUAAUAUAUUAGUGCUUUCGUCCUCUUCAUCAACCAAGAGAGACGAGAGUUUAGUUCGGAAUCUCCUUCUUGUACCUCCUAUUCAACUUGAUAUUCAGGAAAUGCUACUCGAGAAGCUUCCGGAGUACUUUGAUGUUGUUACAGGAUGUACGUUGGAGGAAGAUGUUGCUCGUCUUAUCAUCAACCAUUUUCGUUGGCUCGACUUCAUUGUUAAUCCCGAUGUGUUCACCGAUAAGCUGAUGCAAGUUCUAUCGAUUUGUCCUUUGCAUUUAAAGAAGGAAAUCAUUGGAUCGUUGCCUGAGAUUAUUGGGGAUCAUAACUGUCAAGCUGUGGUUGAUUCUUUAGAAAAAAUGCUUCAGGAGGAUUCUGAUGUUGUUGUUCCAGUGCUUGAUUCUUUCUCCAACCUUAAUUUAGAUGAUCAAUUGCAAGAACAGGCGAUUACAGUAGCAAUAUCAUGUAUUAGAACAGUCGACGCAGAGCACAUGCCAUAUCUACUUAGGUUUUUGCUUCUUGCUGCUACUCCAGAAAAUGUUAGAAGAAUAAUCUCCCAGAUACGAGAACAGUUGAAAUUCACCGGAAUGUCACAACCUUGUCCUUCUCAGAAUAAACUUAAAGGAAAAAUACCUGCAUAUAACGCAGAAGGUUCUAUUCUCCAUGCUUUAAGAUCAAGCCUUCGGUUUAAGAAUAUACUCUGUCAAGAAAUCAUAAAGGAGCUGAAUAGUCUGGAGAAACCUCGGGAUUUCAAGGUAAUUGAUGUAUGGCUGCUUAUUCUCAUGUACAUGAACGGAGACCCCAUCCGGAAGAGUAUCAAGAAAAUAUUUAAGAAGAAAGUGGUCGAUGGAUGCAUACAAGAAACCCUGCUUGAUCAAUGUAUAUGUGGUAAUAAAGAGUUUGUGCAGGAUAAUUUUGCAUCAUUUGUUUCUUUGGCUGAACACCUCUUGUCAUGCAAAGAAGAAAAGGCAAGGGAAAUGGGCUCGCAUAUCUAUACUCGUCUUUUUGAAGGGUUUGCUGACAAUUAUUCAAGACAAGAGAUUCUAGGUGCUCUAGUGACACAUGUGGGAUCUGAUAACAAAUUUGAGGUCAGUUCGGUCUUGGAGAUGAUGACGGCUCUGGUGAAAAAAUAUGCGCAGCAACUCCUUCCCUUUUCUUCCCACAUAAAUGGUAUUUUGGACUACUUAGAGGGUUUUAGUAUUGAAAAUUUGCAUAAGGCAGGUAUUUAUCUUUACAGUCUGCUUGGUAUGAUAAUAUAUUGUAUAUAA